AUGGCGCCAGCAAAGCCCAAAGAUAUCGUAAUCGUAGGGGGAUCUCUAGGCGGCCUUCUGACUGGUGUCGCAUUGAAGCGCCUUCACAAAGAUCUCAACAUCCGCAUAUUCGAACGCAAUCCGACGCCGCUUCUGCAGGAUCAGGGCGCUGGUGUGGUCGCUGGGCAGGACGUACAAAAGUUCUUCAAAGCGCACGACCGAAGUCAAACCACGUUGACGAUCCCGAGUCACCAACGGUUAUAUCUCGAUAAGGAAGGCCAUGUCAUAAGCCGUCACAACCAGGAGCAGCGCAUGACAAGCUGGGAUCUGCUAUACCACCUCCUACGAACGAACUACGAUGGUACUGAGACCGACUACGCGAAAGUACCCACGACGGAAGAAGGGGAGGGAAAGACAUCGUACGAAUAUGGAUGUACGGUUACGAGUGUUGCGACACCAAAACCUGCAUCAUCUCUGGAAUUGGACUUCUCAGAACCCGUCAAGAUCACGAUUCAACACAAAUCCGGAGAGACGUUCUCGACCGAAGCAGACCUCGUAGUCGCAGCCGACGGACCCAGCUCCAGAAUACGCGCCGAAUACUUCCCCGACGUCAAGCGGACGUACGCCGGAUACGUAGCAUGGCGCGGCACAGUACCCGAAACGCAAGUCUCACAGGCUGCCACCGAUGUCUUCGUCGAGAAGUUCCCAUUCUACCACACCGAGGGUAUCCAGAUACUUGCGUAUACUAUACCAGGGAAACACGGGACCACCAAACCUGGCGAGCGAUUGCUGAACUGGGUCUGGUACGUCAACUACAAGGAAGAAUCGCCGGAGCACGUCGAACUCAUGACAGACAACGAGGGAAAGAGACAUCACAUCACACUACCACCGGGUGGAAUUAAGGAGGACGUAUGGAGACGGCAAAAGGCCCUCGCGAAUGAGAUACUGCCACCGCAAUUCGCUGAGCUUGUCAACAAGACUGAGGUACCCUUCGUACAAGCCAUCACAGAUGUCAUCGCGCCGUCUGCCUUGCUAGAAAAUGGUAGAGUCCUAUUGCUCGGCGAUGCGCUUGCUGGUUUCAGACCACACACAGCUGCCAGCACGAACCAGGCUGCUCUAGACGCUAUGAAGCUUGCUGGCGCGGUUGAGAAGGUUAUCGAAGGAGGAGGAAUGGACGCGCUGAAGAAGUGGGAGGAAGAAGUAAUGGAGUAUGGUAAAGAGAUGCAAAGCCACGGUGUGCAGAUGGGCAACCGAAGCCGGUUUGGUGAUCAUCCGAUGCAAAGACUACUCCACUACUUGCCCUCUAAGUAUCCUUCCUACACCGUCUUCCAGAACAACCCUUCUACUUCCUUUCAGUCCUACAAUAUCUACAGAUUCCUUUACUUCUACAUCAUGAACCUGCCUCCCAAGCCACCCGCGCACUUGGACUACUACGAGAUUCUCGGCAUGAAUGAGGUUGCGUCUACUACAGAGAUAGAAGCAGCAUACAAGAGACUGCAACGUAUCCAUCAUCCGGACAGCAAGUGCGCUGGCGCGGAACCCAGCACUGAACUAUUUCAGAACAUUGGCAUCGCCUGGGACACGCUGAAAAGCAGUCAAAGAAGGCGCAAUUACGACAAGUCCCACCCAAGCAUACGACUUGCUUGGAACGCCUACCGUGUGAACCUAGGAGUGUGGGAAGCCGACGAAAGAGAAAGGGCACGGCGUCAGGCAAGACGGCUAGAACGAGAGCGAAAGAUUGCCGCAGAAGAGGCGACACUCCGGAAACAAAAGGAUCAGGAGAUCAAGAGGCUGGCCGAGAUAGCCGCAAAAAGACACGCUGAACGCGUCGAGGCUGAUGAAGCACGUCGCAAAGAGCAAGAAAAGCACGAGAAAGAAAUCCGACGACGCGAGGAAGAAGCUCGGCGCGUUCGAGAGCGACUUCAGGAAGAACGAAGACAGCAGGGGAUAGCUCGAGCCAAGGAAGAGGCCCGCAUAAAGGCUGACUGGGAGAAAGCGCAGAGAGAGAAAAAUCGCACGAAGGGGGCUGGGGUGUCACAACGCGCACCAGAUGAAAGAGACGAGCUGAGAGAACGCUGGCGUCAUGCGAAAGAUCGGACGACAGAGCAAGCUCAUGCAGCCGGACGUAUGAAUGAUGCGGCCGCUAAGGAGAGACUUCGCAAGCAGAAGGAGGAAAUACCCCAACCAAACGAAGACAACCAUAGGCGACAUGCAGAACCUCCUCAGGAAGGUACUCAAGAAACGGAACGGCUGGCCAGAAAACAGCGUGAAGCAGACGAAAGACAGGCUAAAGUUAUCGCCAACGCGCAGAAACGACAAGAAGAAGCAGCUAAAGAGCGACUACGUCGUGAACAACUCCACUCCACGUCGCUGAAGCGGCCCGCCUCCGACGAUGUCGAGGAUGCGCAAGAUAUGGCAGACACCAAGAAGCCUAAAGUUCAAGAGCCCAUGACAUCAGGCCUCCGUAAGCAUAUGGCUCGAGAACAAGCCCGGCGAGUUCAUACCCAGAAACUUCAGGAGGUAGGUGGCCCAGGAAACGAAGAGCGCUUGAGAGACGUCAGUAUCGACUUGGGCUGGAAGUAUGUGGACUACCAAAACGAGGCAUGUCCUCAAUGCCACACGAAAAAAAGUGCGGCGCAAUUCGGUCUAUGGGAGUGUCCGGAAGGAAGGGCAUUGAGAUGCCGACCCUGUCUGGCGGCACUGAGUACGUUCAGUGCUUGA